AUGGAAAAUGUAUUCACGCUGGUUUGCGGAUACUUGGAUAACGGAUGGCGAUUCGAUAACAAAGAAAAACACAAGCCAGAGAUAAUUUCAUCGCAGAACGCGGCAAACGUCGCCGACACUAUCUACAUAUCAGGGGCCGCGAUCACCGUUGUGGGGGCUGACCAAAACUUUGCGGGAUCUUUUCUCACCAACCGCUUGUUUCAAAUAAACGUCGAGCAGACCGAACCGAACAUGCCCGUAUUCGGCACCACGACCUAUACUUUCGGCAGCAGCACGAUACUGGACACCACUGCCGGCGGCGUCUCGAUCGGAACCGUGACCUUCACUGACGCCGACGGCGCCAACACGAUACGCAUUGCAAUGGGCUCGAACAACUAUUUUACUUUCGUUGAUAACAGGGAUGGAGCCGGCUCCGUUACAACCACCACUGACACCACUAACUUCCCGAUCUCGGACCAAUCCGGAACCACUGUGACCUUGACCUUCACGGCCACGGACACUUGCGGAGGCACAGUGCAGGGAACGAUGCCAAUCAUAGUCCAGAACAUGAAACCGACGCUAACGGGUCUUACACCAGGCGUUACGACGCCAGAAACCGUGGACGCAGAACGUCAGAUUGCCACGUACACGUGCUCCGACCCGUCAGACAACGUCACCCCCACCAUAACAGUCAGUCCCAGCACUUCGCCGGAGUAUUUUGUCACGCGCUUUUGGACGGGUACAUCAACAAAUGGAGUGUACGAGAUAAUUCUCCCCACCCAGUCGGCCUCAUGGCAAUUCAACUACGACACGGUCAACUCGUACACGAUCGUGGUCAAGUGCUUGGACGGUAAACCCUCGGGUACUGCUUCCGCUACCUUGGUGGUCAGUCUGUCUCCAAACCAGCCUCCGGAAAUCACCAAUCUGCCACUUGGAGCAAAAAUCGGGGUUUCGCAGACGACAUCUAAUGGUGAAGUCAUUUAUACUAUUCUAUAUACUGACCCUGAUCCAGACGACACAGUCGAUUUUACAUUUACAUGUAAUCCAACAGGAUGUCCGCUAACAGUACUUGCUUCUGGGGAAGUUCAACUGACAGACAACAUGUCGAACGCAAACGCAAACGGUUAUGACGUCAAGAUUACACCAACUGACAACAGGAAUAACGUUGGAUCGGCGAGGACUCUUACAGUGGUAGUAACAGCGAACACGCCCAUAUUCGGCACCACAACCUACACUUCCGGCAGCAGCAUGAUACUGGACACCACUUCGGGCAGCGUCUCGAUAGGGACCGUGACCUUCACUAACGCCGACUGCGCCAACACGACUAGCAUCACCAUGAACUCGAACAGCUAUUUUACUUUCGUUGAUAACAGGGAUGGAACAGGCUCCGUUACAACCACCACCGAUACCACUAACUUCCCGAUCUCGGACCAAUCCGGAACCACUGUGACCUUGACCUUCACGGCCACGGACACUUGCGGAGGCACAGCGCAGGGAACGAUGCCAAUCAUAGUCCAGAACAUUAAACCGACGCUAACGGGUCUUACGCCAGGCUUAACGACGUCAGAAACCGUGGACGCUGAACGUCGGAUUGCCACGUACACGUGCUCCGACCCGUCAGACAACGUCAUCCCCACCAUGACAGUCAGUCCCAGCACUUCGCCGGAGUAUUUUGUAACGCGCUUCUUGUCGGGUACAUCAACAAAUGGAGUGUACGAGAUAAUUCUCCCCAGCCAGUCGGCCUCAUGGCAGUUCAACUACGACACGGUAAAAUCGUACACGAUCGUGGUCAAGUGCUUGGACGGUAAACCCUCGGGUACUGCUUCCACCACCUUGGUGGUCAGUCUGUCUCCAAACCAGCCACCGGAAAUCACCAAUCUGCCACUUGGAGCAACAAUCGGGGUAUCGCAGACGACAUCCAGUGGUGAAGUCAUUUAUACUAUUCAAUAUACUGACCUUGAUCCAGAUGACACAGUCAAUUUUACAUUUACCUGUAAUCCACCAGGAUGUCCGCUCACAGUACUUGCUUCCGGGGAAGUUCAACUGACAGACAACAUAUCGAAUGCAAACGCGAACGGUUAUGACGUCAAGAUUAGACCAACUGACAACAAGAAUAACGUUGGAUCGGCGAGGACGCUUACAGUGGUGGUAACAGUUGGAUCAAGCGGUUCAGGGACGGAAGGUGGGUCAGGCGGUUCAGGAACGGGAAGUGACUUCUCAAUUGGCGGCAUGCCGUGGCUCAUCCCAUCGGUCGUAUCUUUGGUUCUCUUUGUCGUCAAUCUGAUAAUGUUCCUGUGUGUAUACAACAAGCUAAAAAUGCAGAUUAGAACAAACAAGGUUGGACCUAUAUAACACUAUUUUCAAUGGACAUAUUUUAAUAUUAACCAUUGCAUAGAUUAAUAUGGAGCACAUUUUCAUUAUUUACCAUAAUAGUAACGUCAGAAUCUAGUGAACUGACACAAGUGUGUAUAUGCAGAUAGUGUUUUGGUUUCUGUGAUAAUGUUAAUGGUUAUACUCGUGUGGCCUUCUUUGCAUACUUGUAAGAUAUUUCAUAUCCAAACUUAAAGACUUGUUGGAAUGCAAAUUCUUGAGUGUUGUUUUUUUGUGCAAAUGAUUUAUGCAAAGCCUUUUCAUUUUCUUUGAACAUAUCGUGGUUGUGGUUAUAAACAACGAAAAGCAUGCAUUCAGUGUAAACACGUUUUGAUUAACAAAAAAAAAAAACCAGCACCGAAACAAAUUGAAUCUAAACAUUAUUUUGGUGAAACUCGAUGAAAUCUUCUGCAUAAAGAGCAGAAUCGUACAGACAGAAUUUGAAUAUACCAAGCAAUAUUUCAAUUUUUUUACAUACCCCUUUUUUUCAAAACGACUACUUAAGUUUUUUUAACGUUAACUUCUUAUUUAUAUUCAAUGCAAAAUUCGUGUAAAUAAUUUAAUUGUUGUUGUAGUCCAGCAAUAGCAUCAGAGUCUAGUGCGACAUCGCCCGCAACAAAAAUAGCAACACAAUAUUUCGAGACCAUAUGGCGUUAGUUGUAUACCGCUUAUGUACUUGCUUUUCAGAUAUUCAUAUAUAUAAUUUAUAAUUAGACGAAACCAUGUUGGACUUCAAUUAAAACCUUCCCGUUAACCCAUAGGACAGUGAAUUAGAUCACUUAAAGUAUAAUGUGAUUUCACUUUAGAUUUUCACUUCUGUAUAUAGACCUUUUAUGGCGUUUAACAAUUUUCCACUGAUGUCUUUUAAUCAAAUGCCUUUUAAAAAUCUACAAAAGCAACAUAUAACCUUUUUACCUUUUCUACAUAACUAUUUAUCGAUUUAUGAGUAAAGAACACAUGCGUUAUCAAUCGUUGAAUAGCCUUUUCUAAAACCGGCUUGUGGAUUUGUUAGGCGCCCGUACGCUUCCGCGUAGAACGUUAAUCUUUUAUUUAGUAUAUAACUGUAUAUUUUACUCAAAAUAUCUUAAAUUUAUGUCAGGGUUAUUUGUGGGUCUUUUUUAUGCAACGGUAUCAUUACAGAGCACGCCCAAUUUUGGGGGAAGCAACCUGUGUUAACAAUCUUAUUCAAAAUAAUAUUAAGCAAAGGCAGAAUGAUAUCAAUACUGCAUACGAAAUGCUUAGCUAGUAUAACACCAGAGUAAGCUAAAGACAUUUCACUGCCUCUAUUUUUUCUUGAUCUGAGAUACGAGAACUGAAAACUGUAUCCCGACAUUCGUCAAUAUGAACAUUUCCUCCUAGAAUAUUAACAUCAACAUUUGUGUCAUAUGUAUCAUAUGAGAUGUCCAUUAAAAAGUGUGUUAAAAUGGUU